AGUGAUUGCUUCUGCUUCUCCCGCGCGAGCUGUCCCCAGCUCCGGGUCAAAGCUGCCAGGUGCCCCGUCCCCGUGCUCGGGAGAGAGUGUGCCUGGCUCUGAACUCUGGCCAGGAAUGGGCCCCGGGGAAGGCCCCGGGUGAAGGCGUGUCCCUGCGCCCCGCCCCUCCCCGCCCCGCCUCGCCUCGGAAAGCCCCCGCGGUCCCGCCCACCCCGGGACUCGCUCAGCCUCCGGAGACUUUUUUCGCUGAGCGCAGCCGCCUGGCGCCGGUUUCCGCCGAGCUGGAGCGCGCGGGCCACGGCUUCCCUGGGGACGCAGAAGCGAGAAGCGGGGACCUCGGCGCGCGCCCCGCGUCCCGCUCUCCUUGCCCGCGCCCCGGCCCCCGGCCCGCGCCCCGGCCGCAGGCAUGGUGCUGCUGGCCGGGACCGGGCCGGAGGGCGGCGGGGCGCGCUGCACGACCCCGCCACCGCCGUCCCCACCCCGGGGAGCGCAGGUCGAGGAGGACCCCACUGACUACGAAGAGUUUGAGGACUUCUCGAGUCUGCCCGACACCCGCAGCAUCGCCUCGGACGACUCUUUCUACCCUUUCGAGGACGAGGAGGAGCAAGGCGUCGAGAGCGCGGAGAGCGUUCCGGAGGGCGUCCCGGAGGCGGCCACCCUCCUGCGCGCCGCCUGCGCCAACAACGUGGGGCUGCUGCGGACGCUGGUGCGGCGCGGGGUGAGCGUCGAGGAGGCGCAGGAGACUGACCGCAACGGCCGGACCGGCCUUAUUGUCGCCUGCUACCACGGCUUUGUGGAUACCGUGGUGGCCUUAGCAGAGUGCCCCCACGUUGACGUCAACUGGCAGGACAGCGAGGGGAACACGGCCCUAAUCACAGCUGCACAGGCAGGGCACGCUAUCAUCACUAACUACUUGUUGAACUAUUUUCCCGGUCUUGACCUUGAAAGGAGAAACGCGUUCGGGUUCACCGCCCUGAUGAAAGCCGCCAUGCAGGGUCGAACGGACUGCAUCCGAGCCCUGAUGCUAGCAGGGGCGGAUGUCCACGCGAGGGACCCCCGCCGUGGGAUGUCGCCGCAGGAAUGGGCCACUUACACGGGCCGCGUGGAUGCCGUCCGCCUCAUGCAGAGGCUGCUGGAGCGCCCUUGCCCGGAGCAGUUCUGGGUGAAGUACCGGCCCGAGCUGCCGCCGCCCCCGGAAGCGGCGCGGAAGCCCGCGGGCUCCAAGAACUGCCUGCAGAGGCUCACGGACUGCGUGCUGUCGGCGCUGACACCGCGCACCAUGCGGGGUCCGGAGGACGGGGGUGCCCUGGACCACAUGGUCCGGAUGACCACGAGCCUCUACAGCCCUGCCGUGGCUAUCGUGUGCCAGACCGUGUGCCCCGAGAGCCCCCCGUGCGUCGGGAAGAGGCGGCUGGCGGUGCAGGAGAUCUUGGCGGCGCGGGCGGCGCUGGAGGCGGAUGCGGUGGGAGGCGCAGGGCAACGCGGGGACACCGGCACGGAGGAUGUGGACUGCCGGGAGGGCUCCCCGAGAGCCGACCUCCUGCCCCCGUCCCGGGGCCCCGCCGCGCCCUCCUCGCGGAAGGCCAGCCUCCUGCCCCUGCAGCGCCUGCGGCGGCGAAGCGUGAGGCCCGGCGUGGUGGUGCCCCGGGUCCGAAUCAGUAAGGCGCCGGCGCCCACCUUCCAGCCCGAGCGGCCGGCGCGGAAGGGCAGCACCAAGGACAGCGGCCACCUGCAGAUCCCCAAGUGGCGGUACAAGGAGGCCAAGGAGGAGAAGCGGAAGGCAGAGGAGGCCGAGAAGAAGCGCCAGGCCGAGGCGCAGAAGGAGAGGCGCCCCGCGCCCUGGAAGAAGAGGACGUGACGGCCUGUGUGCCUGGCGUGGGGGCCGGGGCUGGUCGCGGAGAAGGAGGCGGCCUCGAUGCGCAUUGCACCACGGACGCUCCAUGGACCACGGGGCCGCGCGCAUUUCCAGGCUGGCUGUCCAGGCUGCUUCCAGGAGAGGGCUGGGAGAGCCACAUGGAUUCGCCUGUCACCAGCCCUCCUAGCAGUCAGUACACCUAGCGGGCACGUUGCCUAAAAGGCUCCAUUUAGAGAACCUCAAUUAGGAUUUUUUUUUUUUUUUUAAGAUCAAUUUAUCAAAGGGCGUUUUCUGCGUAAUUUUGUAUUUUUAAUCAUUAUUUAUCAAAUUUGCAACGUUUUACAAGUGAUAGGGCCCCUUAUAUCCAAGGCAGUUUUAAUACACUUGCCCGAAGACCUUUUGUUUAAAAUACUGUUUCUAGCAAUAAGUAUUCAUGAUACCUGCAUGAGUUCACACAGACAUCAUGGGAUUCUCCCCUUUUUGGUUGUUUGGUCUUUUCUCAUUGUGGGUGUAGGUGUACACUGGAUGUUCUUACUAAUUAGAUUAAGUGAUGCCAGAUAUUUCUGUUUGACAGAGGCAUUGACUCGUUCAGCCACAUGAUCAGGUGAGACAGAGAUCACAUGUUAUUGUAUCUUUUUAAAACUCUUAUUCAUACAGUAAUAUAUUGAGGGAAAACAUAUUGUCAAAUUAUAAAACAAUGGAGAGAUAAACAUGUAUUUAUUGCUAGAAUUAAACUCAUUUUAAGCAAGGGGUUUUAGAUAAACUCGAUAGGAAAUCUUUAACAUUAAAAAUAGAUAUGAGAAAAAACUGUCAUUCGAUAAAAUGGGGCAAAUUUAAUAAAUGAUUACCAGAAAUACAAAAUUAAGCCAUAUGUGCUCUUAAGUAAUGCAAAUCCAGAUAUCCUUAAUAUGUCAAAAAGAUGCAACACGAGUCAGGAGCCCAGAAUGACACAAAUUACAACAAUGGGGAGGAGGCGGUUUGUAGAACAGGCGAGAGAAUGGAAUGGGGAACAGACCUGUUUUUGGCAAAUUCUCCUGGCGUAGACCGGGCAGCCCCCUCCUCCAGGCUCAGUUCCAAAGAGUCCCUUGUGUGUGUAUUUCUUUUAUUUUUCCUUGGAGGACUGCGCUUGUUUAGUUCAUCCUCAUGCCGACCUCAUAGAAUUUCCAAGAUGCAGGGCCUUGAGCAGGGCAGGGCACAGGUGUGAUUUGCCUUGGGUCACAAGCUCUCGGUGAGAGUUUUAAAUCCACACUUUUCUCUCCAAAGUCACAUGGAGAUCACUUUUCUUGGUGAUCAAAUUUGAAUUUUUCAAAGGGAGUUUUCUGCAUAAUUUUGUAUUUUUAAUCAUCAGAUUUGCGGCAUUCUAAUUAAUUCGGCAGUGCAGGGUAUGAAAGCUGGAAACUCAGGCAGGAGUUUCUAAUUCUAAUGGCUCUGGCUAUGUGGGUUGUAGAGUAUCUGUCACAUAUGCACUUUAUUUCAGUAUUAAAUACUUGGACACUCACGAUCACAGGCCUAUUUGGAGGCUCUGUACUAUAACCCUAAUAACCCUAGUAUCUGUCUCAGGACGCAGGCAGGGCUGGUGCAGGCUUCUCCAUACUCCCUUCCACUUGGCACCAUCAGGCAUCGAGCAGCCAGGGAUCCUAAACUGGCCUCUCCAAAAACUCCAUUGAACAGGACUGCAGGCUGCACCCAGGUUAAUGGAAGAUUGGUGUGAUGAUGAUACAGUGUUUAAGGUCAGAUUGCAGUGAGUUCCUCCUUAAUCCCAGAAAGGCACCAUGAUGAAUGCUGCAGGAGACUGGACGCUCUUUGAGAACUGCAGAUAUUAGUUGACUGUGGGUCACUCUCGUGGCCAAGGAGUUGGGAUUGGCCAUGUCCCCUUUGAGGAGGUGGGGACUGUGACUGACACCGGUCAUCUUUGGGGGUUGUCUUUUCUGAAUCCUUUGGCAUGUGGCACCUUCCUGCCACGUGUACAUAAUUCACAGCAUUACCAAGACACCAUGAGCCCCACCCUCACCUCUGUCAACCGAGGACGCAGCCAGGCAAUGCCACGUGGUCUCCCAGGCACGCUUCUCAACAUUGGCUACCCCUGCUGUGAAAGUUCUCAAGGUCCUGGUCCCAGGACCUGAGCCCUGGGAGCGUCCUAAAGCUCUGCAGGUGACUGCACUGCAGCCUGCAUUGAGAACUGCGGCUCUAACACAGUGAUUGCAAGAGGACACCCAUUCUGAGCGCCCACAAAGGCUCCACCUUCCCAAGAAUGUCUGAUUGUCAUUGGAACAGCCAGGGUCAGGCAGCUUCUGCUUGGGCUGACGUGGCGUCUGACCCUCGUUGGGUUGCCGGGCAUUCCUGCCUGUUUCCUCCACGGGAAGCUGACACUGGGAAUGGUAUGGAGCCCCCACUUCUACCCCAAGCCUGGGUGUCUGCUGCUUCCAUAUCAAAAAUGGACAUUUCUGGUUCUGCCCAGCUGCUACCUCACCACAAUCCAUGCUCAGAGGCUCCAGGGUUGUGUGGAACAGCAGUGAUGGGACAGCAAACGACUGUGAUUUCCCCAGGUCCCACGCUGUUCUGGAGUGGACGUGUUGCGGCCCUGCCUCCGACGUGUUCCAGCCUCAUCUAGGUAAACAGGAUACUCUGGGGCCAGUGAAGGGCUUGUCCAGUGAUGCUCCUGGUGUCCACAAAACAGCUCUAGAGAUACCUGCAUUUUGAAAAGCCUGCUGAGCCAACAAGCGUGGGGCAGGACAUGGAUUUCUUUGGCAAAUCUGAAGGAGAGCUGGCCGCUUGCCUGGUGAGUGGAAGCUGCUGUUACCUGGCCAGCGUUUGCAACUUGAGGGAAAAUGACAGCUGCAUGGGGGGAAGCCUGUCCUCCCGGGGAAGCUGUGGUGUGGCCUCAGUGGAAAGAUUGGAUUUUGAAAACCUACCAGACCCAACUGAAAGAAGGGUCAUUCCUGAUUGAGUUGGAGACUCUCCCCAGUCCCUCUCUAGACUCAUUCUAGCCAUAGCCUGCCUGUGGACAGCCCUUCCCUUUGGCCCAUGCAGCGGGUCCAGGCAGCUCCUGCAGCUGCGCUCAUGGCUGCUGGCGCAGCACUUCUCGUUUUUGCCACGUGGAAGCAGAUUUGCUAGUAGAGGAAUUUUUCAAGUCAAGGAAGUGUUGCCAAGCCUCUAGCCUUGACCUGCGGGGGGCUUUCUGCUCUUUGUUUCUUGUUCUCUUUGGAGUGGGCACAGAGGGGACAAGUGGGCCCUCAGUCAGGCUCAGGGAGUGCAGGAGACCAGGGAGGGAAGCCCAGAUGAUGGGGAAACAGAGCCACCUUGAGGGGGUGUCAUGGAGUCAGUGUCAGGGUGACCUGACGGGUCAGUUUAUACUUAAGCAACAUUAUUAAGUUCACUUCUUUUGGGUAAGGGAUUCCUCACGGGAGGUGUGGUCAUCUGGUCAUAGAGGUAGAGAGAAACAUCCCCUCAUCUUCCUGCGCCAUUUGGAAGCCCUUUCCUCUAGCCCUCGGUACGGGUGGCACAGGCUCCUCGGUCUCAGGAUGUGGACAGGGCUGGGAGGGGCAGGCUUCUUGUCCCAUCCCCACUCAGCACCGCUGGGUGUCUGGCAGUCGGGGUCUCACAGUGGCCUUUCCAAGAGCCUAGUGUCUUUAGAGAACAUUUUUCGUUUCUGUCUAUUUUUGUUGCUUUGAACAGCUGCGUUCACUCACCGAGGGCUCACCCUCCCUGCAUCCCCAAUGUGGUUCAGGGAGGAGGGGACCGAAGAGCACUGACCCCUCCUCCUCUUCUGUCAGUGGCCACGGCAGUGCCCUCUCUGGCUUUGCCUCCACAUUCUCCUGCCCCCGUCACCUCAUCUCUUCUUCCUCAUUAGCCUUUCCUUCCUUUGCCUGUUUUCUUCUCCCAGCUGGUUAAGUUCUUGAUCAUCCCUGGCACCACCUACACUAAGGUCUACCAAGGACAGAAAAGCCAGGGCCUCUGCGAGGCAGUGUGGUGCCCUGCGGGGUUAUCAUGGUGGGACCUCCUAGACCCCAGAGUGAAUGAAUGGCAGGCCUGCUAGUGUCUGCGCUGAUGGCUGAGAAUUCCUCCACAGCGGUGCCUCUUCCACCCGCUCCUCUUUGCUCGGAAGGGAGACCUGGUUUGCUCUCCUGCCAUGACAGCGCAGCCCCUGCUGUGCAGAGGGGUGGGGCUCGGGGUCCCUACCUGCACCCUGAUGUUUAUUAACUGUAGAUAGUGAAUUUCAAGUUGACAGGUACCUUCUCAGGGAUUUAUAUAUAAAUUUAUAUAUAAAAAUAGAGGAAAAGUUGAAGUCUAUUUUACUACUUUUUAGUGUUUGAGUAAAUUUUGCUUUAACUGGAGAGAAGAAAUAUUUCUCAGACAAUAUAGAUGCUGCUGAUUACAACAGAUAUCUGGGGCUCACCCUUGAUGGGGACUUCCUUGGUGAUUCUAGAUCGAGGACUUUGGUGGCAGAAAUGGCUUUGGGGUGGGUGUGAAGUUGCUUCAGUCCCUCCGAGUUGCCUCUCGUGGAUGGAACAUGUGUAUCAACAACAAUGAAAUCCACCUCCGUGUGCAUGGAGGCAGCCGAUGAGAACGCAGACAGGCCAGUCCUGGCUCUUCCCUCCGGAACCGGCUGCUCCCGGUCUGACGUUGGAGCACAUGAACCAAGAGUGACAAUUUUUUCUACUCGUUUCUGUGAAUAAAGUGUUCUACAGUCAGCCCAGCACUAAACUCACCAGAAAGGAGGAGGGAACAGCAUGGAGCCGUUCAUCUGGAAUUACCUCGGUGUGCAGAGGCUGCCCCUUGGCUGCACUUGGGAACAUCGUGGACGUCUUCCGUCCUGUCAAGCUCCUCCUGACAGACUCCUGGCAGCACUGGAGACCUCAGGACUAUGGAGAUCAGAAUUGCAAUGGCUUUGUCAUCUCAGCGUGGCCACUCCUGAGGCAAGAGGCUCCUCCUCGGAGCGGGAGAGAGGGAGUUCGUGAUGUCGGUUGGCAAAUAGGAUUUAUGGAUGCAGGAGGGCCAUGCUGGGCCCCUCUGCCCGCUUCUCUCCCUGCUGUUGGUGGUGACCAGGUCUCAGGAGUGGAGAUGAGGCUGUUAUGGGUGAAACAGAAGCCCCUGGAGUAGGGCCAGACCCCAGGCCUGAAAAGGACGCAAAGCCUGCUGUUUCCAGGCUGUUGGGAAGAAGCGUGGGUACCGAGUGAUUACAAUGAAAUGCAUCCCAGAGAGGAAAUGAACGGGCCCUGAAAAGUGGGUCUGCCGUAUCCCUGGUAGCCCGCCUGCAAGAGCACUACAUUCCCCCCAGCCCCGCUGUCCACACUACAUGACGUGGGAAGGCUGUCUGUUCAUCCGAACGCUGGGGACCCGAGUGUGCUCUGCGGAGUGAGGCACAGCCCUGAUGUGCGCCCUGCGCUACUCUUUCCCCAGGUGCGCCGGAGACUCAGGCUUGCUCAUUUCCGUCCUGACACAGCUCACUGUUCCUGAGUGGUCAGAGUCCCCCUGUGCUGUGUCAGCUCCUAGACACCAUUAGUCUUUCGCAUGAUAAAGCGCAAGUGCUUUUUCCCUUUUGCAGUGUUUGGGGAAAGUCUAGCACACUCCCCGGGGAUUUGCAAAGGUCCCUCCGCCCCCCACAGUGGGUAACUGUGUGGAUUCUGCACCUGGCAAUCAGCGCGCCCCCUUGGAAACAUCUGGGGACCCUGUUUCUUCGGGCCUGGUCCUUGGUUUCUGCACCAGCCCCUUUCAGCCGGCACCUGCCUGGACUGCCUGGAGGGCCAUGGUCCAGGGAAGGACAGGUGGGACCCUGACUAUGACAUCUUUCUAAAACAAUAAAGUCCCAUUGACGACAACUGCAGUGGGAUGAAUGCCAUUGUGGCGGUCAUGCUGGGAGCUGCCCAGAGCUUACAACAAAAGCAGUGUCUCUCAAGGCGCUGCUUGCAUCUUCCCCUCCACGCCUCUCGGUGCGUUUGGAACUUGCUUACGCACUGGUAUAACUCUUGAAUCAGCUGCUCAUGUCUGUGCCCUUGCACUCACAGGUUCCUUCAUUAACAUUUUAAAUAAGUGACUAAAAAAACUCUUCUAGAGAUUGUUUUUGAAAGAAACGGGAAAAAGAAACACACUACCUGGAUUGCUUUGACUUAUUUUCGAGCGACUCAGCUGAAAGCCGGUAUUACAUACACAAUUUCCUCAGGCUCACCCAGCCUAAGACUUGAUAAAAGGCACAGCCCUCGGCAGCAGGCAGUGCCAAUGUGGACAGUGUACACUAAGGUGUGAGUGUGUGCACAGGCGAGCACACGUGUGUGUACUCAUACACACAAAUGAACUAAAGGGACACUGGGCUUUGUGCUGGCAAAGGUUACAAUGCUGCUAUAGCUUGGCCGUGGGCAGUGUCAGAUGGAACCUGCUUUGAUGGUGUGUUGUUCAGUGUACUCAGUGGGGUCUCACUGUCAGCAUUCUGCCCGCUGUGGCACAGAACACGGCUAGGGUCAUCAUAGUCCAGGUUUUUAUUGAAAGGCCGUGUUGACCCAGGCAGCUCAUAGAGAACCCAUUUGGCCAGGUCUGGGCCAUCUCUCUGCCUCUGCCCUACCUUGGCUGCAUGGAGGAACCCAAACCCAAGGGGCCCAGGUCCAAGAGGAUUCUUUACCCCUGGAAGAGCUCCCCAGGAAUUCAGCCUACAGCCCUUGACAUUUGGCUGCAGGUUACCCUUAGAAUCAACACCUUAUCCUGAGGAAGCCCUGGUAUUUCCCCAAGUCCGCCUAUGUAUUAGAUACUCUAAUCAAUGCUAACACAGUUUCGUUUUUGAAGGAACUAGUUUUGUCAUAAUACUACACCCUUCUAUUGUAUUUAAAUAAAAAGAAAAAAAAAACCAACCAUGAAACUUUCCAUCUGGUAAAGCAAUGGUCUGUGUUGACCUGAUGCUUUAAGAAGUUUGGGGAGGUAGGUAUGGAGGCACCUUAACACCAGUUUUUUGAGCAAAAGUUCUAGUAGCUGGUUUAGAACUGCACAGCUAUGGAUACACCUGAUGAAAACUGCAAAAGGCGAUGACAGUCCCAGAAAUAUGACCAGCAUCCCUGUGAACCUUCGGGGCAUCCGAAGGAAUUUGAAAAUUAUAUCCUAUUCAGAUGAACUGUAAAAGCCAAUGUACUGGAAUUGUCUUUGUUCUGCCUGGCAUUUGGGGGUGUCCAAGGACCUGUGUUUUUAACAAAGAUGACUAUAUGACCGUUCUAAGGAUUGAACAGAUUUCUGCACAGGGUGCCAGGUUGCAAGUUAGGUCCUCUUAGUAUAAGCUCUCUUUUUUUCUGAAUGUAAACCUAUUUGCAUUGUCAUUUCUAAUAAUCCAUUAGGUUUCUGGAUAUUGUACAGAUACUAAGUACAGAUAUAAUUGUGUAAAUUUCAUAGUGUUUUAUUUUGAGGUGAGAGUUUUGUUAUAGUUUAUAAAAGAUAUUUUCCUAUUCAGACCUCAGGGCUAUUUGGGAACCUACAAAUAAAUGUGAUUCCCAGCAGCUUCAAUUUUUGAUAUUCAAAAAGUUAAUAAUCUUUAAGCUAAAUAUAAUGUGAUAUUAUUCAGAAAAAAAUGUUUUUCCCUUUUAAUUUCUAACAAAUUAUGUACUAAUGUUUAAAAAAAUAUGGAAAAAAUGGGAUAAUGUAAAAAUGUGGGAGAAUUGUGGUGAAAGAAUAAAAAAAUCACUUGUUAAAAC